AUGGAAGAACAUGAUCUGUAUAUACAUGGAGUAUGUUCUCUUUCCUCAGCCAUCAAUAUCGCCAGAAGCGGGGAAGCCACGCAGAGUUCUACUUUCCUUUACCCGGGUAUAAGUAGUGCCGCCGGCAAUGCCAUUGACGGGGUGAAAGAUCAGAACUGGUGGCACGGCUUCUGCACCCUAACAUAUGCAGACUGGCAGCCCUGGUGGAGACUGGACCUGAAGGAGAGGCAGAGCGUCUACGUCAUUGUGGUCUAUGGGAGGUCGGACGGCCUUUUCUAUCACAUGCAGGAUCUGGAGAUCCGAAUCGGAGAUUCCCCGGACAAUUCCAACCCGCUGUGCGGCACCAUCACCGACUACACUGUUAUCACCACAACUUUCUGCUGCAAUGGGUUGUCGGGUCGGUACAUCAGCGCGGUGAUCCCGGGGCGCGCGGAAUACUUGAACAUAUGCGAGAUAGAAGUCUACAAUGGCACCAUGACUGAGGAUGACAUGUGCUGGUGA